AUGUAACAAAGUGAUGUGGUAGAAUUCUCCUUCAGUCUGUAAUACCCAAAUGAAAUUGAGGUCGAUUAGAAAAUUCAUUUUCGAAUGAAUUCCUCUGCCGAUAUUUCCUCAGAAGAAGAAAACGAUUUGGAAUUGAAAAUAUAAUAACUAUAUAGCAAAACCAAGCAAGCCUUGCAAUCUAUUGAUUAGAAGGAGUCUUUGUAAGAGGGAAGGAAUACACGAAAUCAAAGUGACAUGUGUAGUUACCUUGUUUGCAGCAAAUCUCUGCAGUAUGCUUAACUGCUUAUCUCAAACAAUGUCUUUGCUCGAAGUCAUUAGAUCAAGGGAUUUACCACAAUAUCGCCUGCAAAACAUAAACAAAACAUAUCUAGAGAGGAGAGCGCGAAAAAGUAGAAUAAAUUCCUGGGGAAAUAGAAAAUACGAUUCAAUAGUUAUUUAAGCAUUCCUAAUAGGAACAUUUGUUUCACUUAUAUCAGCAAUUGA